AUGACGACAGCAUAUGCUUUAAAAUGUCAAGGACCAAGCCGUGACAAAUUUCGUCGAAAUCAUCGUUUUCUUGUUGAUCGUUUUGAUCAACAUGUCGGUGAACAAUUCGAUUUAGAAUUAACAGCUAUUGAACAUUUAAAACGACAUAUUAAUAUGUUAUGUUCGAACAAGAUACAAGAAAAUCAUUGUGGACCAAAAACUCGCGUUGCCCUUUCAGAUUUAAUAGCACGUCAACCUGAUGUUUUAACUCUUGGUGAAACUACGAAUAAUCUAGAUAUUGAAUGGAUCGAUGCAAUAGUUGAUGCAAUUCAUGACUUCGAAGGUGGUGUAAAUGUUGUUGAACACAAGCAAAUUAAUCAAACUGAUGGAGAUUUCGAUGAUUAUAGAAAAGAAUUACUUGGCUUCUUAGUCGAAGCUACAAUUCAUAACCCAAGUGCAGCACCAACAUCAGCUUCUAGUAUUUAA